AUGGUCGCCGGUAAGAAAUUGACUGCUGCUGAGAAGUACUUGGUUGUGAAGACCUACGAGUUCCUCUGCCAAAAGAAGGCCUCUGCACCGCAUCUAUGGAAAGGAGGACUAUAUGGGCGCACUGGGAGCAGCACCACGACAAGAAUUUCACCUCGAUGGAAGGUCCAAAACCAUCUGGGAGGCCUCCAGAAAUACGAGACAAAAUAUCUGCAGCAAGGUGAUGAAUGCGAAAUUGCAUCGGAACCAGAGGGCAGCAACGAGGACACGGAAGAGGAUGACGCCGUCGAUGACAAUGAAGCUGUAGCCGAUUAG